AAAAGUGCCCAUUAAUUAAUUAGGAUACAUCAAGAUUUUCCAAUUGGAUUACUUCAAGAUUUUUCAAUUAAAUUACAUGAAGCGCUGAAAAGUUUGUCACGCCGAAUCUUCAAGGAUUGCAAGGAGAUACUGAGUGAACUUGAAGAGCCAGUUGCCAGGAGAAUAUCGCUUCUACCGCGGUAACAAGUUUCCUAGCAGGUCACCCCAAUUAACGUUUUCCACUACAAGGUGGGCGCCUUCUUGGAGCCCGGCAGACGAGGGUCGAGGUGCAAGGAGUGAAGAGUAUGGAGUAUGAACCACCGAGCAAGGAGUAAGGAGUAAGGAGCAGAAGGAUAAACAAUGGAAUAAUUAAACUCCACAUGCGCCAAUUUAAAAGUGUCUGAAAAUUGAAGGUGAAGCCAAAUACGGCGGAGUAACUCCAAUCAUGACGAUGGACGUGAGUAAAUCGGAAACGAACAAAAACGGCUCGGCGCAGCAGGAGAUAUGCGCGGGAUGUCGCAAAACCAUAACAGAAAGGUUCCUCCUGAAAGCCUUGGACCUACUGUGGCAUGAAGACUGUCUGAAGUGCAGUUGCUGUGAUUGCCGAUUAGGCGAAGUAGGAUCAACAUUAUAUACAAGAGCCAAUCUGUUACUUUGCAAAAGGGAUUACCUGAGGAUAUUCGGCCACGAGGGUCAUUGUUCGGCUUGUUCCAAAUCAAUACCGCCCUUCGAGAUGGUAAUGAGAGCUCGGACAAACGUUUACCACUUGGAGUGCUUUGCGUGCCAGCAGUGUAAUCAUCGUUUCUGCGUCGGAGACAGGUUCUACCUUUGCGACAACAAAAUCCUCUGUGAGUACGACUACGAAGAGAGACUAGUUUUCGCGAAUAUGGCCCUACACCCCCCAGUAUCUCUCACCCAUUUAAAAAGACAACUUCCGCCGACGCCAACGCCGACGCCUCCGGGAGCUACGCAGAAUCUCCAUCCGGGUCACAAUCAGAUUCAUCAAGGACAUCCGCCACAGACACUCGGACAAUCUGUGCCACACAAUCACGUCAAUGGUCAAAUAUCAAGUACCCCAAUAAACGGAAUGUCAGGAGCACGUGGUCCAGGUGACAUGAAUAAUAACGGGUUAUCGGGUCCAGGAUUAGGGGCAGUCAAACCACCCCCGAUGUCAAUGCCGGCGCCGACCAGCUGAGACGAGGCUCCACCUAUGAAAAAGCUCCGGUGUCUUGAUAGUUAUUAACAAUAACAAUUUUAUUAAUUGAUAAAGUUAGAAAACAUUAUUAUUAACAUUGAUAUUAAUUGACCGACUAAUAACGAGUUAACCAAGUACGUCCAAGCUAAAAAUAAUUCACUAGCGAUUAUUUUUCGCGCCUGUGAUGAGACGGACUAAGUGACGGUGAUACGGCUAACAAAUAAUUAUAAAUGAUAAAUAAAAAAAUUAGUGUAUGAUAUUUAAGUACCGAAGCUUGUGUAAGAUAUUUUUUUGAUUGAGUGCACUCGCACAUGUAAAUACUGAAUAAACUAUUUAAAUAAGUUAAAUAAUUAAUAACUACUAUUGAUAAUGGUAGGCUAAGUAAGACGAAAAUCAUUCUAAUUUAAUAAUUAUUUAUGUUGGAAGAAUGGCAAUAGAUAAUGAGUAUACGAUUAUAAUUACGAUUAUAAGUACUCUGAUUUUUCCAAAUCUCUUACUGAAAAUAUCGUUCAUUUAUUUUUAUUAUCAUUAUGAGUUUUUAGUCUCGUACAGCAACAACCAAAGAUAUUACCUAUAAGUUUUAAGUGAACAAGCAUUGCUCUUUCAUUUUUGUUUUAAAUACUGAAAAAAAUUUAUUUUAUUCAAGAGAAAAAUUUUGAAACUAAAAAAUUAUUUUUUCA